AUGGCCGAUAUUGACGCGACGCAAACACCCACUACGGAGGGUGUGGACCCUAUAAUUGAUGAUGGCGACGAAUUUGAAUCGAAGGAAAUUCAGCUCAUGAAACAACGGGUCGAAGAAAUGGAACGCGAAGCAAAAAAACUGAGGGAGUUGCAGGCAGCUGCAGAGUCAGCAAAUGGGGGAUCUGCUACUGAGGCGGACCAAGGUGUUCCAAUGGAGACUGAGGAAGACAAGUCCAUCGCCGACGGCCGGAGCGUAUUUGUUGGCAAUGUGGACUAUGGGGCAACCCCGGAAGAAAUCCAAGCGCACUUCCAGGCUUGCGGGACGAUCAAUCGUGUAACUAUUCUUUGUGACAAGUUCACUGGACACCCUAAAGGGUUCGCCUAUGUCGAAUUUGCCGAGCUUGAACACAUAGAUGCAGCAUUAGCUAUGGACAAUUCCCUAUUCCGUGGACGAUUAAUAAAAGUAACUACAAAGCGGACUAAUGUUCCUGGGUUCAACCGAGGGAGAGGGCGGGGAGGUGGUUACCGCGGUGGAUAUCGAGGUGGCUACCGUGGUGGCUACGGAUAUAGCCCCUAUAGAGCACGCGGCAGAACGUUCAUCAGACAUUUGUCGAGUAAUACUGCAGCAUAUCCUUUCUCGAAGGUCGUCAUCCUUCCGCCGUCACCGCAAGAAAUACCUGCUUCCCAAGUAGAGGCUUUGCGCCAAGGGAAGGGCAUAAUGGCUUACUUGCAAAAAAGUCUUCCGCAUCCUGUAAAACAAAAAUGGCUUGCUACAUGGUUUGCCAGAAGACAUCCGGACCGACUUCUUCCUGGCUCGGUACUGUCGGUCAGCCUCGAGCAUGCACCUACUACUUUUUCCGGGGUUUUGCUGUCCAUACGACGGCGGGGCCCUGACACAUCCUUUACCCUGCGGAAUGUCAUACAACGGACAGGCGUGGAGAUGCAGUUCUUUGUGAACUCACCGCAUGUGAAGGAUAUCAAAAUUUUGCAGAGAGCUGGUGGCGGAGGUGGAAAGGAGGGAAGACGACAGCGAAGGGCCAAAUUAUUCUUCCUCAGAGACGCACCGGAGAAGAUGACUACUAUCUCUGCUGGUGUGAAGGCUUGA